GAAAACAACAGCAAGCGCAGACAAUCCUGGGAUUUUUGUUUGGGAAAUUUGAUCAGCUUAUUAUACAUCUAUGACAUUUCUUGUCAUAACAACCAAGGAUAAUGGCCAAUAAGAAGAAAGUAAUAGUAACAGGUUUUGAGCCUUUUGGAAAGCAUGCAGUAAACGCCAGCUGGGUGGCAGUACAGGAACUGGAGCGAUUGGGGUUGGGUGAAGCAGUAGACCUUCAUGUGUGUGAGAUUCCUGUUGAAUACCAGGCUGUUCAGGGCCUACUGCCAUCUCUGUGGAAAGAGCACCAGCCACAGCUGGUGGUCCAUGUCGGUGUUUCCGGGUUAGCCACCACUGUCACUCUGGAGCAGUGCGGCCACAACAAGGGUUACAAACGCCUGGACAACUGCAGCUUCUGCCCAGCGUCCCAGUGCUGCAUGGACAGCGGCCCCGACUGCAUACACUCUGUACUGGACAUGGAUACAGUCUGCGAAAGGGCCAAUAACUCCGACCUCGAGGUCACUAUUUCUGUAUCUAAGGAUGCUGGAAGGUAUCUGUGUGACUACACCUACUACACCUCUCUGUACUUGGGCCAGGGUCACUCUGCCUUCAUCCAUGUGCCUCCACUUGGAAAACCCUACAGCAGCCAGGAGCUGGGCAGAGCUCUUCAGGCCGUUAUACAGGAGAUGCUGAAACUGCUGGAACUGGAUCACAAACACAACAAGCAAUGCAAUCACACACAUCAACACCAGCAUGAGCACAUAUGAGUUCUAGUGCAGGAAGCUAGCUCCAGGAAUGAAUGGCAUUAAUUUCACGUUUUUUUGGGGUCAAAAAUAGGAUAAUUUGUCUAAAUUGGGUGCUAUAUAUUAUAUCAAUGCCAAUUGUAAACCAUGUGUCGUAUCUUUCAAAUUUGUAGGUUUUACAAGUUUGACUAUAUCAUCUGUUUAUUGUAGAAAUAGUCAGGGUCCAUGCAUGAAUGGGUUUGAAUGUUUGUGCAGGAGUAGUGGGCAUCUGUAAGCAUUGCUCAUGUCUCUACAAUUCUGCCUCUGAUAAGACUGUGAAAAUAGAUGUCAAAAACAUAUAUAAACGUACAAACAUUGUAUCUUGUGAAAGGGGGAUUUAUGUGACUAUAUAAAGAUAUAAUACUAGUAUUAACAAGGCAGUAGCUGAAACUUCAAGUUAUAUAUGGUGAUACAGUCUGGGAACAUUUACGGUUACACUAACUGUUUAAGUCACAUCAUUCCCCUCUCACCUGUGAGUCUGUCCUCUCACUGUUUUUACAUUUUUUUGUAUUCUCCAGUCAGUAUGAUUUAUGCUGUCAUUGCUUGUGUUUGCACCAGAGAUAUGUCAUAACUUUGAAAUCACAGGAACAUGAAGAAAUGUACUGAUUCACCCUUGUAAUGAUUUAUUUUUCUCAGGGAAUAUGUGGCACACACAAUCAAUAUUAAGUAAUUUGAUCAAUUUAAUGUGUCUGUCAUUUGUAAGUAGUGCAGAUUUGCGAGGCAAAGCAAGCUCAAAGCUUUGUAUAAUUAAAACACUUAUUAAAGCACUUAUUUUUUUAUUUGUCCAUGUCAGUGGGAAAUCUUCAGU